UGGAAAAGUAGAGGCAUCUACAUCCGUUCACUGUGAACUUGGAGCAACGGAGCUCAGGAAAACGGACAGAUCAAGUCCUAAUAUAAAUUGGAAACCUGCAAGAGGAUUAGGCAUACACAAGAUACAGACCGAGUCAGGACUGUGUGUGACGUGAACAUCAGACUUUGCUUGGUCUUGUUUUGGAAUGCACACACUGAGCACAAAUUUCGAGGGAAAAAAGGAGUGCAGUUCCUGCCUCCACCAUGUCUGGGAGCGGGAGGGGCAAAUGGGGUGCCCUGAAGGAGAAGGUGGCCCGGACGGGCAGCGGCGGCUCCCAGGACGAGGCCGACGCGCGCCUGGAGGCCAACCUGGAGAACGCCGACCCGGAGCUGUGCAUCCGCCUGCUGCAGGUGCCCUCGGUGGUCAACUACUCGGGCCUGCGGCGGCGGCUGGAGUCCAGCGACCGGGAGUGGAUGCUGCAGUUCCUGGAGCUGGGCGGCCUGGACCUGCUGAUGGAGGCGCUGGAGCGUCUGUCGGGCCGCGGCUGCGCCCGCAUCGCCGACGCCCUGCUGCAGCUCACCUGCGUCGGCUGCGUGCGCGCCAUCAUGAACUCGGCCGCCGGCAUCAACUUCAUCGUCGAGGCGGAGGGAUACGUGAGAACGCUGUCGCAAGCGUUGGAUACGUCCAACACCAUGGUGAAGAUGCAGGUGUUUGAGCUCCUGGCAGCUCUGAUCAUGUUUUCCCCUCAAGGGCGUGAGCUGGCUCUGGAUGCCCUGCAACACUACAAGAAUGUGAAAAGCCAGCAGUAUCGCUUCAGCGUGGUCAUGAACGAGCUCCACUCCACCGAUAAUGUGCCUUACAUGGUGACCCUCCUCAGCGUGGUCAACGCUCUCAUCUUCAGCACCGAGGAGCUGAGGAGCAGGGACAAGCUACGCAAGGAGUUCAUCGGUUUACAGAUCUUAGAUGUCCUACCAAAACUACGGGAGGAAGAGGAUGAAGACCUGCUCAUCCAGUGUGAGGCCUUCGAGGAGACCAUGGCAGAUGACGAUGAGGAGCUGCAGAGGGUGUUCGGGGGCAUUGACAUGAGCAACCAUCAGGAAGUCUUCAGCGCACUGUUCUCUCAAGUGAGCAGUGGCCCGACCUCCGUGCAGCUGCUGACCAUCCUGCAGGCCCUGCUGCUGGUGGGCCCAGAGCGGGGGGACGUGUGGCUGGCCCUGGAGGCCCUGGCCGACCGCGCCACGCUGCUGGCCCAGGACCCUGAAGUUCACUCCACUGAGCGGCUCAUGGCGCGCUUGCUGGCCGGUAAAGGCAAAGCCAGACACCAGGAGACCGAGCAGGUCAAGAAGUCGCACAGGAUGAGAGACCGGGCCGUGCAGACCGUCCCUGUGGAGGAGAGGGAGGCCGAGACCAAAGCAGAGGCAGCCGAGGUGUCCUCACAAGAAGGCCAGAAAACAGCUGCCGCACCACCUCCACCUCCCCCACCACCUCCUCCACCCCCACCCCUUCCUGGGAUGCCUGGUCCACCACCACCACCUCCUUUGCCUGGUAUGGGACCUCCACCACCACCUCCUUUGCCUGGUAUGGGACCUCCACCACCACCUCCUUUGCCUGGUAUGGGACCUCCACCACCACCUCCUUUGCCUGGUAUGGGACCUCCACCACCACCUCCUUUGCCUGGUAUGGGGCCUCCACCACCACCUCCUUUGCCUGGUAUGGGACCUCCACCACCACCUCCUUUGCCUGGUAUGGGACCUCCACCACCACCUCCUUUGCCAGGGAUGGGACCUCCACCACCACCUCCUUUGCCUGGUAUGGGGCCGCCGCCACCACCUCCUCCACCAGGUUGUGGGGACAUCAUUGUGGCACAGAGUGUCCAGACUCUGGGGCGCUCCUACUACGCUCCUCCACCAAAGCCGGGCCACUACCCGACACUACGCAUGAAGAAGCUCAACUGGCAGAAGUUGCCUGCAAAUGUAGUAUCUGUCAGUCGCUCCAUAUGGACGUCACUUCAGCCCAGUUCAGACACAAUGGAGCCAGACUACUCCAGCAUCGAGCAGCUCUUCUCAAUGCCAGUGGUGGAGGCCAAGGCCAAAGGCACAACAGCACCAGUCGUUAAGAAGGAGCCCAAAGAGAUAUCGUUUAUUGAUGCCAAGAAAAACCUCAACUUGAACAUAUUCUUAAAGCAAUUUAAAUGUUCCCAUGAAGACUUUGUUGCAAUGAUUCGCAAUGGCGAUCGCUCUAAGUUUGACGUGGAGGUGCUGAAACAGCUGCAGAAGCUACUUCCAGAGAAGCAUGAGAUUGAGAAUCUGAAGUCUUACGAUGGCGAGAGAGAAAAGCUCGCAGGUGUUGAUCAGUUUUAUCUGUUGCUGUUGGGUGUUCCUGGCUACCCACUGCGUAUCGAGUGCAUGUCGCUGUGUGAGGAGACCGCGGCGGUGCUGGAGAUGCUGAAGCCAAGAGCGGACAAACUGGACGCAGCCUGUGACGGUCUGAAAGACAGCCCCCGUUUUCCAAGCUUCUGCAAACUCAUUCUGGAUGUUGGCAACUUCCUUAACUAUGGGAGUCACACUGGCAAUGCUGAGGGCUUUAAGAUAAGCACCCUGCUGAAACUCUCAGAGACCAAGGCCAACAAGUCCCGCAUCACUCUGCUUCAUCACAUAGUUGCGGAGGCUGAACAGAAUCAUCCUGACCUCCUGAAACUCCCCGAUGACCUGGAGAUUUGUGAGAAGGCCGCUGGACUCAGCCUGGACACGGUCAAGUCAGAGGCCAGCUCCUUGAUAAAGGGUCUAAAGAAUUCAGAAAAGAAGGUUGCCUCCUCAUCAAUAGAGGACAUCAAGGAACAGUAUCUGAAUGACAUCAAGGGCUGCUUGCAGCAGUGUGAAGAACUGGAGGAGCGACUGGAAUCUAUAGAGAAGAAGAAGGAGGACUUGGCGGAGUACUUCUGCGAAGAUGCCUCACGCUUCUCACUUGAGGAGCUCUUUGGGACCCUGAGGACAUUCCGUGGCCAGUUCCUCAAAGCUAUUAAAGACAACCAGACCAGAAAAGAACAGGCCAUCAGAAUUGAGAAGAGGAAGAAACAGAUGGCCAAGGAGGAUGCCAAACGAGAGAGAGGAGAGGACGGCAAGAUAUUACGGAAAGGCGUUGCUGUCCAAGAGGAGGGCUGCAUCAUCGACCACCUGCUGGCUGAUAUCAAGAAGGGCUUUCAACUGAGGAAGACCAGGCCUCGACUAGACAAGGACAAACUGCCACCUGGCGGGAGGAAGAGGGAUGGCAUCCAGACUGAUCAGACCACAAAACCUGUAGAAGCUUCCAGCACUGGCCCCUCUGAUGCCCUUGCGCACCCUGAAGUGACCAGUGCACCUGUGGCUCCAAGCAGCAGCUCUCAGAACUCCAGUGAACCAGCACCUCCACCGGGCGACCAUCCACACACCCCCACACAGCCCACACCACAACCAACUACACCCAUAUCAGGGCUACCGGCCGCCCCCACCACACAGCCCACACCACAACCAACUACACCCAUAUCAGGGCUACCGGUCACCCCCACCUCACAGCCCACACCACAACCAGCUACACCCAUAUCAGGGCCACCGGCCGCCCCCACCACACAGCCCACACCACAACCAACUACACCCAUAUCAGGGCCACCGGCCGCCCCCACCACGGACUCUCUGGACCCCUCUGAUCAGUCUGAGGGCACGGCGCCCCUGACUGAGCCGGACAAGCCGUCCGACAGGACUAAGGCGGGGCUCGGGGAGAGCGCAGGGGUCCAGGACGCAGACCAGUCGGAUGUGAACGGGAAUGAGCUCUCUGCCGGAGCAGCGGGACCAGCGACAGCAGCGAACGGGAGCGAGGAGAGCGUUCCGGACGGGCAGGCGACAGAGGAGCGGAAGGUCUCGGAAGAGGUGCCCGCUGCUACGGGAGUGAGCGAUUCGGGAAAGAAAAGGAGCCUCAAGCCAAAUAAGGAUACAUUGAGAAAAAGCCAAGAUCGGAAUUCAGGAGACAAGCACAACAAACCCCGCAAAAAAGGGUGUGUUGUGCAAUGAGGUGGCGCUAAGAAGAGAAACAAAAGCAAGUCCAAAGUGCAUACAUCCAAACCAAAUAAAUAGAUGGACAUUUGAUUCUGGGAUUUUGUCAUCCGUGACAGCAUAGAUGACUGAAUCAAUCUAAGUUUCCUGACUCUCUUGGGAUAAAUGAAUGGAGAAUAUCCCUAUCAGUGACUCUAACAUGAAAACACUGACUUAUGCCUGCUUAUCUGAAAAGGAAGUUAUAUACAGAUCAUGUGUAUAGAACGGAACUUAAGCAAUAUUUUUUUCUGACAGAAAUGGUUUCUUCAUUUUUCUUGGUUCAGACCAACAAAGCGUUGGUUAUUGAAGAGCUUAUAUCAUUUCAAAAGGCUAUAUUUUCGUACUAAAAUAUAUCUGACAAUGUUUACAUUGGCAACUGUUACAUAUACACUUAUUGCAUAUUGGUCGAAUUAA